AUGUGUAAGCUUAAAGAGGUGGUGAAUAGUGCCUAAUGCAGGGACUUGUGGGUACUUCAGAACUCAUGCCCAGCCCCUGUCAGAUAUGUGGUAGGCUCCUCAAGGAGGACAACCUCCAUGUGCAGAAUGAGAACCAGACUUUUCUGGCCCUGAUCUCAUAAGUGAAAUUCAGGAAAGACAAAAGAUAAACAUAUUCCAACUAGAUUUUUGCCUAUAUCCACUUACCUGGGGUCUCAGCCAACACACUAGUGGCUACCAGCCAUGAUAUGCUGAUGCUCAACAGUCAUUCUGGCCCUCUGGCUCAGAUGGAAAUGAUUUUGAGUGACAGGAAGCAGGAACGUGCUUGAAGACUUCUUUCUUUUCCAGAGAAAGGGGCCAUUAUGACUCUAAUGAUUUUAGGAGGCCAGAAAGAGUAUGUAAGAUUUGAUGAUGAGGGUUUUGCUUAUACUUUUGAGCUUACAUGUUUUGCUUACAUGUGGCUGAAAUUGACAGAGAUGCCAUGUAAUGCAGCUCCUCCUAGUGCAACAUUAGCAGUUAGUAUCACUGGAGGAAUAACAGACCAGAUCACUACCUCAAAUACAGCUCAGAGACAUGACGUAGAAGACAAUUCCUGCACUGAGGUACUGCCUAUAGGUUUGGUAUUCCACAUAAUGGUGACCUGUGGAGGAGUAGUGUACACCCUUGGGGAUUGUGCUGAUGCGAGGAAAUAUGUCUCUAACACUUGCAAGUACCAUGAUGGGAGGGAAGAUAACUGGACUCUGAUUGGGAAAAUAAGCAUUCCCAUGGAUGCUACUGCCUUGAUCACCAAAGGAAAAAAGUCAUUAGUUUAUCUUGUGACAAGGCAACUGAAUGGGUGCUUCCUAUACGUUCAGAUGGUAGAUUACUUUGACACUCAGACAGGGAACAUGGUGCAAUGCCUCACCUUCCAUAUUGAAUUCAACCAUAAACCUGUUGUUGUCUUUUCCACAGGAAAACAUCCUGAGCUUGCAGAAAAAGAAGUGAGCAAAUUAGUUGUGAUAUUACAAAUACCUGCACUUUAGAUUUGUUGCAUCCAGUGUGCUCAGUUGGAGACCACAAGGAGGUCCCUCCUGUAUGGAGGCAUUUUUUAUGCAGAUGAAAGACGACCUCAGGAAUAUUCUCUCAGUUCAAAUACCUUCUGACUACACCAGAAAGAAGGGAAAUGGGAAAAUUCUGGCAGAUCCUUCAGAAGUUCUUGACUAUUCAGUUUCCCAUACAGUCAAAAUACCUUUCAAAGUUCUUCUAAAAAUUGCAAUUAAUUUGGAAAGGUAAAAAGAAAAAUCCUUGUCAAUAAAGAAUGACUUUUCACUUGUACCAAAGCCUUCUUCACUUGACUUCCUUACUUUGCAAGAGUUUAUAUACUGGGCAUGAUG